CAGGCAACAGGAGGCGGCCCCCUCAGUUGCAGUCAUUCAAUUUUCCAGCUACAGAAUCUGAGGUCCCAGAUUUGAUUACGGAAAGAGCAGACAACUUUGAUUCUGGCUGGGUCAGAGGUAACCCUGCUAAGUGCUUAACUCUCCUAUCCCUCCUCAACUUUAGGAGGGGCUGGCUGUGAGUAGCACCAAGAAAGUUAACCUUUCUGACUUGUCCUCUGUCCCAACAUAGCGUCCUAGGGAUGGAGGCUGCCAGCGGGAGCAGCAGUGACACUAGCAGGCAGGCCUUGUCCUCCGGUCUGGUGGCCCCCGCUACAGCGGUCACUUCCUCCUCAUUGCCCAUGGCCUCCGGGAUGGCCAUUCCUCCAGCUUUUCUCCGGCCCCCUAGUCUGUUCUUGAGGGCAGCAGCAGUGGCGGCCGCCGGGAGUGUAGCUGGUCCUUCUGCGGCGAGACUGGAGAGGGGGGUCGGGGCCUUAAGCUGCGGAGGCUACCCGCGGACACCAAAGUGCGCCCGCUGCCGCAAUCACGGAGUGGUGUCUGCGCUCAAGGGCCACAAGCGUUUUUGCCGCUGGCGGGACUGUGCCUGCGCCAAGUGCACCCUGAUAGCUGAGCGCCAGCGGGUGAUGGCCGCUCAAGUUGCGCUCCGCAGGCAACAGGCACAGGAGGAGAACGAGGCCCGCGGGCUGCAAAGGCUCCUCUACCCCGGGCAGGCCUCUGGCAGUCGGGGAGCUGGAGGCUGUGCAGGCUCGGAGAUUUCCCCAGCAGCAGGGGGUGGUUCGGGGACUGCAGAGGGGCUAAAUUUGGGGACUGGGGCUUUAGGAAGCCGACGAGCAGUUCCCUUCGAGAUUUUCCACCCAGAUUAUCAGGAGGAGAAAAGAGAUUCAAAGGUGCAGAAAGUUGGUUCAUACUACAAUGGCUUAGAUGGUCCAAUAACCACAUCACAUCAGCUUUCUUUGAGAUCUCCUGAGUCCACUGGAACUAAUGGAGAUGAUGAAGAGAAGCCAUCUGGCUCAGAAAACUCCGACAAGGAAGAGAACAUUCAGUCCCCUCACCCUGAAGAGCAAUCAGAAGGUACAGAGAGUCCUAGAUCUUUGUCAUCUUCUGAUAUGGAAUCAGGAAAUGAAAGUGAAUGGGCCAAAGACUUUGCUGCUGCUAGGUCCAAUCUUCCGACAAUUUCUUCCAGGCCAAGGGAUCCACUUGAUAUUCUUACUAAGGUUUUCCCAAGUUACAAACGCAGCCGGCUAGAAAGUAUUCUGCAGUACUGCAAAGGAGAUGUAGUCCAAGCUAUAGAACAAGUAUUGAAUGGAAAAGAACACAAACAAGACACUGUAGACCUUGCAAACUCAGUGGGAACUGAACUGACUGCUUUUCAAAGAACUAAUUUUACCCUAGCUGGCCUCGGAAUAGGAACACUAGGAAAUAAAUCUGCCUUUUCUCCUUUGCACACUAGUUCUACUCCAUUUGGUGGUGAUCCAAAUCUCUAUAGCCUAAAUCCUAGGCUAGGUAUCAGUCCAUUACGCCUCUCGUAUUCCUGUCCAGGAAGAGCACUGUCUGGUUUUAUGUCUCCCUACCUAACAUCUGGGCUGGUUCCAGCUUUGCCUUUCCGGCCAGCUAUAGAUUAUUCAUUUUCAGGAAUGAUCAGGGAUGCCUCUUACUUUCCCAGCAAAGACUCAGUGACCAGUAGUGGACUCUAUUCCAGAUUAAAUCAGGAAAACCAAUAAUUUUUUUGGUUAAUUUUCCCUUUUUUAUGCAACAUUUUGGGAAGCAUGCAAGGAUUGCUAAUGUUAUGACAUCUGCUUCAAAAAUAUUAUUUUCCUCAAGCAGUAGAAUGAUGCUUUCAAUUUGACCAGACUUCCCUAAUUUGCUUUUCAUGAAAGAAGCAUUUGAAAAUGAAGAGUGCCUUGUAUGACCAUGUAUUAAAAAUGUUAUAUUUCUAAGGUGAAAUAUUAGAAACCACAUAUCAACAAUAAUUAUGAGAUUUGUUUGCUUUUCUUUCUAAGUGACUUUCUGUGAAAAAUUGCUUUGAAAAAUUGUAAAACUGAAAUAUAUUUUGGUAAAAGGUAGUUUUGUCUUUAAAAUACUUUUGUAGUUGGGAAGCUAUCCAGUGUACUGUAAAUUGUUGCAAGUUAAAUUUUUACUCUGAGUUGGGUAAUUAAGAUAAUUCUAAGAAAUUUUAAUUAAUUUUCAUUUUCCACCUUUAUUUCAUUUUCCCAUAAAGGGUAGAAUUUAAAAGUUUCAUAUCCCUGCCAAAGAGAGUAAUCAUUUAGUGACAGGAUAAUAAUCAAGGCAUUUAAUUCUCUCAGCAGCUAUGUUUUCUAACCUGAUUGUUUUCCAUUCAUACCAGUAAUCAAUUGGGGAUAUUAAGGCCAUAUUUUUCCAUACUUUUUUCUUUUUAGAUUUUUCCCUUUAACUAAACUUUCCAGGUUUCCAAGACCCAAGGUUAAUCAUGACAGGUAAGAGGGCACCAUCUCCUGGCCACUAUCCUCUAUUACAACUCAGGUAUUGGACAAAAAUAGCUUUUGAAAUGGGAAUUUCAAAAUGAAUCCAUUUUACAAGAGAAUUAUUUUGUAGCAAGCUACUUAGGGCUUCAAUUUGUAUUUAAAAAGUUAUAACUAUCAUAAGCCAGUAUUCAACUCUAUAUUAAGAUUGACAAAUCACUUAACUUUUGAUAGGAAUGAUUCGAUUGAAAGGAAAAGUAAAACUGACUAUUGAAAACUUCUAAACUGGCUGCUUAGAGAUGUUUUUGCUUAGCAAUAACCAUUGAGAAUAAAAAGAAAAGAAUCUCUGAAGUAUGAUUUCUUAAUAUCUUUUUGGCUCUUUGUUUCAUGAACACCUUUGGCAGUCUCAUGAAGCCUAUGGCUCUCAGUAAUGUUUUGUUUUCUACAUUCAUAUCUGAAGGAAAUAUUAAAUUUCAGUUAAAGGUUACUUAAAACAAAGACAUGAUUUUUUUCCAUCUAAGUUCCUGGAUCCCCUAAAAUCAAUCAACAGGUAGUUUAAAAAAUCUUCAUGAAAAGAAAGAUAAAACUACAUAAAGCAUUGUAGCAUAACUUUAGGAGGUAGCUAGGGUCAGGGAGAGCUGAAUUCAAAUCCAACCUCAGACACUUCCUAGCCAUGUGACUCUGGGCAAGUCACUUAACCUCUGAUUGCCUGACAGAAGGAUCCACUGGCAAAGCAAAAGGCAAACCACACCAGGAUCCUUGCCAAGAGAACCUCAUGGAUAAUUCUAAUACAUGAAGUCACAAAAAUCAGAUAUGAUUUACUAAUAAUGAUAAUUCUCUAAUUUACACAAGAGGUUUCCUCCACCUCAAUAACUUUUAAAAAUAUGUAUUCUCUAGUGUUAAUUUUUAAAGAAGAGUUUGUUUCAGAGUCAUUGAUAUCAACUUCAGUGCAAAUAUUAAUAUAAGAGAAGUUUUGAGGUUUCUUCAUAACUUGUAAAUUUGAAGAAAACAUUUGUCUCACCCCUUGUCUUCAUUUGCUCAAUGAGAGUUGAGCCAAUAUACUCAAAGAUUCACAAAGGAUGGUCCCAGCCCUGCUAGCUUUAGCAGCAUUGAGUAUUGAUUUGUUAUUUUUUAUUGAUUAAACAUCUACAGUUUACACUACAUUGUACUAGAAUACUCUGCUAUCAAGGAGCUGAUAUUCUGCUGAAUUCAGUGAGAUGUGUAUUUCUAACACAUUUUAUUGACAAGUAGCUUGUUGAGUUGCUGUAUUUUUGGUACCCAUUGCAAUUUUUAUACAAGAUUAUAUGUGAUAAUUGUAAUGUUUGGGAAUGUUAAAAAUCUUAGAAAAAAAUUAAAAUUUGAUAUUAAUUUAUUACAAAUGAUUUAGAAGUUUAAUACUUAAUGAAUCUGUUUCAAUUGGAUGACAAAGUAAAUUGGACUAAUAAUGCU